CUGUUCUACUUCUUCAUUUCCAUGACCUUACACCACCUUGUUGCUGAUGACAUAUUCAAAGGUGACGUCUCAUGCACUUCCGCAGCUGAAUUUUGUUGGAGCUGUGCCGGUACGAGUAACUACACUAAUGGCAGCAUCUACCAACAAAACCUCAUCAGUCUUCUCUCCUCCUUUUCCAACAUUUCCCAAAACCAAGCCAACUAUGGCUUUCACAACUCUUCUCUCGGACAAGGCUCCAACAAAGUGAAUGCCAUUGCGUUGUGCAGAGGAGACCGCGGACUCGAAGAGUGUAGCACCUGCCUCAGAGAGUCCACACAGUCUCUCCUGCGAAACUGUUCAUAUAAAAGGGAAGCAAUCUUUUGGGCAGAGCCUUGCAUGGUACGGUACUCGCAAGACUUGAUAUUUGGUAUAGAGGAUGAGGAGCCUCAUAUAUAUCUGCCCAGCCCGAACAACGCAUUAAACCCGGAAGCGUACGGGCUGGUGCUUAACCCCUUGUUGGAAAUCUUAAUUGAAAAAGCUGCUUCAGGGGAUUCUAAUCAAAAAUAUGCAGCAGGACAUAAAACUGUUCCGGGAUACGAAACGAUAUAUGCACAUGCGCAGUGCACUCCAGACUUAGACAAAGUCAUUUGCAGCGAUUGCCUUAAGAAUUGCACCUCUGCUCUUCCAUCAUGCUGCAGUGGAAAGUCAGGAACAAGAGUUCUUAAACCAAGUUGCAAUAUUAGGUUUGAGUACAAUCUUUUCUACAAGUCUACGGUCGAUAAAGAAGUAGAUAUUUCAGCUGCGGCUCCAGCUCCAGCUACAACAACAACUUCAGAAACUCCUGCUCCACUUCCACCUAGGCAAGGAAAGAAGAAUAACACAAAAAAUCAUAUCAUCAUUAUAGUUGUGGUUGUGAUUGCUUUUGUGUCUUUGCUUCUUGGUGGCUUGUGCAUUUUCAAAAGAGACAAGAAGCCAAGGGUAAAACUUGACGUUAUACCUUCAGAUGAUAGUUUGGAAGAUAUUAGCUUGGUGGAAUCGUUACAAUAUGACUUUGAAGACAUAAGAUCUGCAACGAAUGACUUCUCUGAUGAAAAUAAGCUUGGACAAGGUGGAUUUGGAGCUGUUUACAAGGGUAGGCUAUAUAAUGGACAAUAUAUAGCUGUAAAAAGAUUGUCUAAGAGUUCUGAACAGGGUGAUCGUGAAUUUAAAAAUGAGGUAAUGUUGGUUGCUCAACUGCAACACCGGAACUUAGUAAGGAUAUUAGGCUUUUGCUUAAAAGGAGAAGAAAGGCUCCUCAUUUACGAAUAUAUACCUAAUACAAGUCUCGAUCACUUCAUUUUUGAUCCAAUCAAUUAUGGAUAUUUGGAUUGGGAAACACGUUACAAGAUCAUAGGGGGAAUUGUUCGUGGUCUUCUUUACCUUCAUGAAGAUUCUCGACUUCGAAUUAUUCACCGCGAUCUCAAAGCUAGCAACAUUUUGUUGGAUGAAAAUAUGAACCCCAAAAUUGCAGAUUUUGGGAUGGCAAGGUUGUUUGUCAUGGAUCAAACCCAAGGAGAUACAAAGACCAUCGUUGGGACCUUUGGGUACAUGGCACCGGAAUAUGCAAGUCAAGGGCGGUUUUCUGUCAAGUCAGAUGUGUUCAGUUUUGGUGUGUUACUUCUCGAAAUGAUUAUUGGCAAGAAGAGUUCUAAUUUCCAGAAUGGUGAGGAUGAAGAUGACCUUGUAAGCUAUGUAUGGAGAAAUUGGAGGGAUGAUACAAUUUCAAAUAUCAUAGAUCCCAUGUUAACAACAGGCUCAAGAUCUGAAAUAAUCAGAUGCAUCCACAUUGGUUUGUUAUGUAUCCAAGAAAAUGUGAAUGACAGACCAACCAUGACUUCAGUUGCUUCCAUGCUGAGUAGUCAUUCCCUCUCACUCCCAGUACCUCCACGACCUGGACAUUAUUGGCAUUAUAACACUAAUUCAGACACAUCCGGGUCGGAGUUCAAACUCACUGAGACGUCUGAGAGAUCUGAAAGUUCUGUGUUUGUGUCAAGAAGCGUGGUUUCAGAUAUUACUGAAAUAUAUCCACGCUAGUGUGCCCAAGUAUUCUGUGUAUAUGUAUCAACUGAGGUGGAGGUCAGAUAGAUAAGGACGAUGUC